AUGGCGGUGUUGUUGGAGGAUAUAGUGGAGCAGUUGCUGAAGCUGAUCGGCAAGAACAGCCAGGAGCAGGCUUACGUGGACCCGACGCUAGACCCGGUCCUCUUGGUACCUGGGAUUGCCGGUUCUAUCCUUAAUGCUGUCGAUGAGAAAACCGGUAAAGAGGAGCGGGUCUGGGUUCGGAUCCUUAGGGCUGACCACGAGUUUUGUACCAAGCUCUGGUCUAUCUUCGACCCUACUACAGGGAAAACGGUAACUUUGGAUGCUGAUACUCAUAUUGAAGUUCCUCAAGACAGAUAUGGCUUGUAUGCGAUUGAUACAUUGGAUCCGGACAUGGUUAUUGGGAGUGAUUGUGUAUAUUAUUUCCACGACAUGAUAGUUGAAAUGCUCAAGUGGGGCUACAAAGAGGGAACAACUCUCUUUGGAUUUGGAUAUGAUUUCCGCCAAAGCAAUCGGUUUCAAGGAACAAUGGAGAGCCUAGCAGCGAAGCUUGAGUCAGUGUAUACUGCAUCUGGGGGAAGAAAAAUUAACAUCAUAAGUCAUUCCAUGGGUGGUCUUCUUGUUAAAUGUUUCCUGAGCCUGCAUAGUGAUAUUUUUGAGAAGUACGUGAAGAAUUGGAUUGCAAUAGCUGCACCAUUCCGCGGUGCACCUGGAUAUAUUACCUCUGCACUUUUGAAUGGAACAUCAUUUGUGGAAGGAUGGAAACAGAAUUUUUUCAUAUCAAAAUGGAGCAUGCACCAGAUGCUGAUUGAGUGCCCAUCAAUAUACGAAUUGAUGGCCUGUCUAGAUUUCCGUUGGGAACACAUUCCACUUCUGGAAAUCUGGAGGGAGAUGUCUGAUAGUGAUGGAAAUUCCACCAUCAUGCUAGAGUCUUAUCCCCCAAUACAAGCUGUAUCAAUAUUUAUGGAGGCUCUUUCAAGCAACAAGGUUAAUUACGAUGGUACUGAUAUUUCUUUACCAUUUAACUUGGACUUCUACAAUAUUUAUGGGACAAAUAAUGAAACGCCUCAUAGUGUUUGUUAUGGAAGUGAGGAUGCACCUGUAUCUGACCUGCAACAGUUACCUGCUCUCCUGGCCAAGUACAUAAAUGUUGAUGGUGAUGGAACUGUUCCAAUGGAAUCUGCUAAGGCAGACGGGCUUCAAGCAGAAGCAAGGGUCGGAGUCCCUGGGGAUCACCGUGGAAUUCUUUGUGAUCGUCAUGUGUUCAGAAUUCUCAAGCACUGGCUGAUGGCGGACCAUGAUCCUUAUUACAAUCCAGUUAACGAUUUUGUAAUUCUACCUACCUUGUUUGAAGUAGAAAGUCAUAAAGCAAGAAGUGGCUUACAAGUAACUUCUGUUAAAGAGGAUUGGGAAAUUAUUGGGGAAAACCAAGAAGAUGAAGAACAAGACAAUGUAGCUGAGAAAGAGCCGUUGGUGGGUUCAAUAUCGGUCUCUCGCGUUGGAGGUGAUAAAUCCUUGCAGGAAGAGGCCCGUGCCACUAUUACUGUUCAGCCCCUACACAAGGGUAAGAAGCACGUCGAGUUAAAGGGCAUGUCUAUCUCAGCAGGUGCUUAA